UCUAUCUAUAGACCCAGAGAGGCUGAGAGCCAGAGGGAGAGAGGGAGCAGAUCUUGCCCAGUUAUAAGAAAAGGGUAUUUAAUGAAAAGAACGAUUGAACCAAUGGAUAUUAAGAAUUAGAGAUGUGUGUGUAGCCCUGCGACAAGUUCAGGCCUUUUGAAAAUGGAAUUUCGUCCUGGGGAAAAGAAAACAUAAAAAGUUAAUAAGUCGCAUUGAACUGCGUGUUUGCAUUUUGCGGGUGAGCAAACCAUCAUAACACACUGCUGAAGGACCAGAAGUAAUUGUGGAUGGAGGGGUCUGGCAGUCCUCGAUUCAGAAAGCUCCAUUUCCCUGUGGGCCUGUGGAUCAACUCGCCCAGGAAACACUUUGCCAAGCUCGGGGGUCGUUGGCCAAGCGCUAUCUCUGUCAAGUCGACCACCAGCUCUGACGCAGCCUCCCUCCACGAGGCCCCCUCUGCUCCUUCCUCUUCCCUUUCUAACUCCACCCCCUCACUGGCUUCCCCAUCCCCAUCCCCAUCUCCAUCUCCGGCCUUCCUCAGGCCGCGGCCUGCAGGGCCCCAGUCCCGCACAAAGCGUCUUUCCCAUCUCUUCCUGCGAGGGCGCUCAAACAGUGACCGGGACCGGGCAGUGGGGGAGAGGGAGAGAGAAGUUUGGGCUCAUUCAGCUGCCCCCUCCUCCCACCACUACUUGCCCCCUGCCUCUUCCUCUGCCCCAGGCUUGAUCAAGAUCUAUGGGGAUGCCCUCUCCAGUGGGGCCAACUAUCGCUCCCUGCUGGCCAACGCUCACUCUACAGCCAGGCAGCUCAUCGCCCAGGUCAUCACUCGGUACAUUGAGAGAGAACGGGAGGAGACAGAUGACGCAGUUCUCCAAAAACACAGCCCAGAGGACUUCCUGUUGUGUGAUGUCAUUGGAAAGCCCAUCCAGCAGCCAGAUGGAGCUAUCAAAUGGGAGACAGAGUGCCGGAGAAGCGUUGCCCCGUGGGAAUGUCCUUUGUUGUUAGUGGACAUGUGGCGGCCUAAGGAUGGCUUUGAGCGCCGUUUUGAAAUACAAAGAAAGGAAGACUAUGAGAGAGAAGAAAUGGAGAGGGAGAAGGAGCGUGAGAGGGAAGGAGAAAACUAUCAAGGUGUGCGCUGGCGGCGGAGCAGGAUGGCGUCAGGCGGCGGACCAGAGGAGAGUGAGCGUGGUCACCGUGGAAGGAACACUGAGCUCAGGAGGAGCAUCAGUGACAUGAACCUGAGUCUACGGCGUCGUCAAGGCAACCAUGUCAACAAAGACCCCCAUGGCUCUGGAAACCAGCCUAACAACAACAGAGGGAUGCAGGACAGGAAAAACAUUGUGAGCAUGAUCAACCCACAGCCAGGAGAGAUUAGAGUUUCAAAAGCCGAAGCAAAGGUUGGGUGGACAAAUCAGCCAGCCGAGGAUGAGAAGGAUUAUUCAAGCUGUGACCUGGAAGUGAUGUCACAAAGUUUGAUCCUUCCACCCACAGACCGACCCUACUUUCUAUUGCUGCAGGGUUACGAUCAGAGCAAGGAUUUUGUUUUGUACAUCAUGGUGGGACAUACACAUGUGUUUGGAAGAAAGCCCACAGUGAAGGAGAGGGAGAAGGACAGAGAAAGGGAGAGGAAGGGGAAGAAGCCCUUGAAGGUGGAAACGUUCCUCUCUGCUCCUGACCUCUUGGCCAGACAUUUAUUGGUCAGGAGAGACUCAGCUGUUCCCGAGACUCCCACCGGACAAGCUCUGAUGCGGCCCUUCAGAGGAGCUGGAGUCACACACAAUGGAGUAACCAUUUACAGGGAGACAGUCCUAAAGCCUGGGGAUGUGAUUGGUCUGGGGACUCACUUCCUUUUCCUGUACCGUGACCCCCGUGUGACUCCAGCUCCACCGCUGGCGUUGACCCUGCCCUGGCAGGCAGAUAUCUCCACCGCCUGCUGCCCCUCAGGGUUAGUAGACAGACAGGAAGCACUGAGGCUGUAUCUGGGAUCGACCGAGGCAGUUCUGAAGUUCCACCCCCGUCACGCAGAUUCCCUGUUGCAGGAGAUAAUCUCCAAAAAUUCCUCUCCGGACUCUGGGGGCGGGCCUUUAGCUCCUGCUUAUCUUCUGUCAAUCAUGAUAGAUCAUGCCUCCAAACACCUGGACCCAGCUCUCACACCACAGAUAUUACUGAAGUCAGCCAAUCUAAUUAAAGAAAUUGUCUGGGAUAACAUUAAGGAAUUUGGGGAUAAGCAUCCCACGCAAAAUUCCACAGAGCAAGAAGGGGAAAUAAGCACACCAAAUGUCCUCAAACUGUCAUCUGACCUUCGACCCCUGAUAUUCUGGAUGUCAAAUGCCACAGAGCUCCUUAACUUCUUCCAGGUCAAAGUUGAAGCUAUGGAGAAAGAGUGGGAGUUUGAAGCCCCAGGGGACCCUCUUCUGACAACUGACAUGGACACCUGCUCAGAAGCUCUGGCACAGCUGGAUGAUGUCAUUAUGCACACUUUCCAACAGUGUGUGUAUCACCUGACCAAGACCCUGUACUCACUCCUUCCAGCUCUCUUGGACACCAACCCAUUCUCCAGCGAAGAGAAGGAGAAGGAGAAGGAUGGAGCUCAGGUUGUGGAGGGAGAAGAGAAAAGAGAAGGCGAAGGAGAGGUGGAUGACGUGUCCGCCUUGCCGGCCAGAGUUGCCGGGCUAGUGGAAGUAUAUCGCUGUUCCCUGAUGCUGUCGCGGGAGGCAUGUCUGUCUCCACCGCUCACCUCCCAAACCUUUGGCUACCUCUUCUUCUUCACCAACACCUCCCUGCUCAAUACGUUGCUGGAGAGAGAUGGACUGUUUUCAUGGUCCAGAGCAGUCCAGAUCCGUACAAACUUGGAUCUGGUUAUGGAUUGGCUGCAGGGGGCGGGCUUAGGAGACAUAGCCUCUGAGUUUAUGAAGAAACUGUCGGUCACAGUCAACUUCCUGUGUAUUCCCAAGACUCGCCUUAUCCAGUCAACCUGGAAAAGUCUACAGGAGGACCACGUCUUGUUGAGCCCUUCUCAGUUGCACCACCUGCUCACCCAUUACAAGCUGGGUCCAACCAGAGCCCCACCAGCAUCCUGGGCUCCCCCGCCAGGCACAGAGCUUAGUGGUGACAUCUUUGAGAGCUUCCUGGACCACCCUCCUUUAAUCCUGCCAAAUGAGACUCCACGCCUUGACCUUUCCCAGCCAAUCCCGAGCCCUGAGCUGCAAAAGGAAGUGACACGUCUCCGCACCUUCUUGUGGGGACUCGACCAGGACGAGCUCCCUGCCAAUCAGAGGACUCGCCUUUGAGGAAGUCCAUAUUUGUCCAUAUAUAGAUGUCUCAUAGGAGUGAAAAGGCUAACAUCAGAAAGAGCAGAUGAAAACAAAGCAAAAAAUGAAAACUGGACAUGUUUUUCUGUUUUUCCAUAUCAGUUCAUUUAUUCACUUAGAUAUUUUCAAACAAGAGAAAUGUAUUGUCUUUAUAGAUUUUAUUUUAAAACAGUGAGUAAAACAUCAUGUCUCUUAGGCCAUGCAGUGCUGUGCUUUCUGUGACCGUUUUACUUGGCUUUUAAACUACUUGUUUUUAAUAAAACAUUGAAGACCUACA